GGAGCUGUAAAGUUGUCAGUGAGGAAGUGUCUGUGACUGGUACGAGGAGGGCAGUUAAAGGUGUGGCCUUGCAGCAAUGGCAACACAGCAGUGCAGGUAGACAGCAUUAAAGCCUGGUCUGCUCCCCCGUCUGCUCAGUGACAGCAACCUUCCGCGCUUGGACAAUGAUCCCAACGCUCCUAUUGUGGCUCCUCAUCCUAAAAGCCUCAUUCAGGCUCUCAGAAAACCAUGAAAAUGUGUUUGAAGAUGUGAGGGACUAUGAAGUGGUUCGACCCAUCAAACUUCACACAAUCAGAAAAAGGCAUUCAGAGCAUCUCCGACCAGACACUAUCAACUAUGCAUUGACGGUGGGGAGAAAAGAUAUUGAAAUGCAACUACAAAAAAAUGUUGAGUUACUCACCAAAGACUAUACCGAAACCUAUUACAAGAAAGAUGGAACGCGAGUCACCACAGCACCAAAUGACAUCGAUCAUUGCUACUAUCAUGGGAGUAUUGUUAAUGACAGCGAAUCAUCUGUAAGCAUCAGCACAUGUGAUGGACUCAGGGGUUACUUCCGAACAUCUGCCCAGAGGUACUUGAUCGAGCCCCUGUCUGGUGACGACGAGGGGGAUCAUGCAGUAAUGACAGUUGGCGAUCAGAACCUCACACCUGCAGUUUGUGGCGUCACCAACACCAGCUGGGGUGCCGACCCUGAACCCCCAACAGGCCGCAGUCGCUCCAGAUCAGGAGGUGUAAAUAUUGUCCAGCAACAGAAAUAUAUUGAGCUCUACCUUGUGGCAGAUAACCGUGAGUACUUGAAGUGGAAGCAAGAUCAGACGGUGCUGAGAAAAAGGAUAUUUGAAAUAGUUAACUUUGUCAAUCUGGUGUACAAGCCCCUGAGGACCUUCAUUGCGCUGGUGGGACUGGAGAUCUGGUCCGGUGGUGACCUAAUCACAGUGACCCCUCCUGCAGGAGCAAACCUGGAUGCUUUCAUGAACUGGAGGAACAGUGAUCUGAUAAAAAGGAAAAAUCACGACAAUGCACAUCUCAUCAGUGGCAUUGACUUUGAAGGAUCCACUGUGGGACUGGCCUUUGUUGGGACCCUUUGUUCCGGUCACUCUGUCGGGGUAAUUCAGGAUCACAAUGACAAGGCCAUUGCAGUGGGGGCGACACUGGCUCAUGAGAUGGGCCAUAACCUCGGCAUGAACCACGAUGACUCCAGUAUCUGCACCUGUUCUGGAGAGAGCUGUAUCAUGGCUGCAGCCCUCAGCUGGAUCAUUCCUCGAACCUUCAGCAGCUGCAGCACCAAUAGCUAUGAAAAUUACCUGACAAGUCGCAACCCCAGCUGCCUCCUGGACAAACCACAAUACAACAGUAUUGUAGCUCCUCCGGUUUGUGGGAACGGGUUUGUGGAGACUGGAGAAAAGUGUGACUGCGGCACAGUAGAGGAGUGCACUAAUCCAUGCUGCAAUGCCACCACCUGCUCAUUAAAAGAGGGCUCUCAGUGCGCUGAGGGCGAGUGCUGCAAGAACUGUAAGAUUUUGCCCCGCACCCAGGAGUGCCGCAGGAAGCAGGAUGACUGUGACCUGGCAGAAUACUGUGACGGGAAGACGGACACCUGUCCCGAGGACGUCUUUGCGGUGAAUGGUCUCCCGUGUGAGGGAGGUCUGGGGUACUGCUUUAAUGGCAAGUGCCCACAAAGGCCCAACCAGUGUGUCAGGAUGUAUGGAUCAAGUGCUGCAGAGGCUGCUCCGGGCUGCUAUGACUUCAACCUGCGAGGACUCUACUAUGCCUUCUGCAAACGUCCUGCAAAAGAUCAAUACAUCCCCUGCCAGCAACAAGACGUUUUGUGUGGGAAGCUCUUCUGUAGUGGUGGUAAUGAAGACCCAAACUAUGGCCGCAUGGUCAGGAUCGGCGCUUGCAAGGCCGCUUUCUUUGACGACAACACUCAAGACUAUGGUCAGGUGGACCCUGGGACUAAAUGUGGGAAUGGAAAGGUGUGCAGCCAGAGUCAGUGUGUGGAGCUUGAAACAGCUUAUAGAAACACAAACUGUUCUGCAAAAUGCCCUGGUCAUGCUGUGUGCAAUCACAAAAGUGACUGUCAGUGUGAGCCUGGGUGGAUGUAUCCUAACUGUGAUUCAAAGGAAGGACAAUUCGCUUCUCCUCCUGGCGUGGUGACUGCUAUUGUAGUGAGUGUUAUCCUCGUGGUAGUGGGUAUCAUUGUAAUGCUGGUGUUCAUCUGGAAAAAACGUCAGACUCCCGCGAUACCAACUGCAAACACCAACAGAAAACAGGUGGCUGUGAGUAACGACAACCCAGGUUUUAGGAGGGAUCAGGUUCCUUUCCAGCCAGGGCCAGUGCCUCAGACUGGAAUGCCAAAACCUAAAGGACCCCCACCUCCACCACCACCAACAGGGAUCAAACCUCCACCUCCAGCUCACAACUACAUAAAUGCGCGUCAGGCUCUGAGGCCAGUUCCUCCACCUAAAGUCUGACAUCUCACUAAGUGCCACCUAUAAGCAGGAGUGAGGAUUAGCGGAGCUGUUUAUCCUCCACAGAAGCAAAGAUUUUUUUUGGAGGUGUUCCGGCAUAAAUGUUUCUUUUGCAUUUUUGUUGUUGCAUUGUUGACUGAAAUACCCAAGGGUUUAUCAGUGUUGCCAAAUUUGACUGAAAGAAAGUAUUUGAUGACAACAUCUGCCAAAUCACUAAUGGUAAAACAUAUUAAAGUAAAGAACUUUUAAAAACACAUUUGCAGACUUUGCACCACAGCACCCAUGGACCUCAUCUUUUAUUUACUGCAGGUAUUUUAUUGCAGUAGACCCAUGAAUGUACACAAAGAUGCAUGUUACUUUAAAAUGAAACAGAACUUAGUAAAGCUUGAACGUUGAUUUCUGAGGAGGUUUGUACACAUUUGACUGGCUGUCACCCACAGACAAAAAGACAUUUUGUCUGGGUUCAGUUCAAAUUGUCUGUCAUGAGUGGUUGACAGUGUGUACAGAUGUCUAGCCCGUCUUCCGCCCCGCUGUCAGAGGGCUCCUGGCCGAGAUAAUAAGUGAGUACUAUCACCUAAUAGAAAACCUAAUUUCUCAAGGUCAAUGUGCCUAAUAAAGACUAAAGUCACCAAACUUUAAUCUGGUAAUACUGCUUUGGGCUAGUAAUGUGUGGGACAGCAAAUCUGUGUCAAAAUUGUUACUUGCUUGUCAUGCACUUGAUCUGUAAUUUCAGGGACUCAUGUUGUGUUUGAAGCACUUUCAUAUUCAGGCUUGGGAUAGGUUGUAUUUGUUUUUAUUAUGUUUUGUAAGAUGAAUAUUCCAUAGCUAAUUUUGAACUGUAUUCACCCUACAGUGUCAACCUAUUUAGUUAAUGCUAAUACAGCGCCUUCACUAAAAAAAUAACAAUGAUAAUAAUAUUGUGAGUAUAACUGGUUAUAUACAGUGUACUGUAAACGACGUUAGGUAGAUAUUUAUACAAUGUGAACAUGUACAUACUUUACAGCAACAUCAUUAGCUUGACUUUCCAGUUUUUACAGUUUAUGUUUAGAUUAAAAUAUUAAAAAUAGUUUAACCACUGUGACAUUUCUAUAGUGAUAGUGAUAUAAAUAAACAGCAAAUGUCAAAUUUAACAAAAGUCUAUGUGGGAAACUGAUAAAAAGACUUAACUGGAUAUCUUUUUUCCAUGGAAGCAAGGAAUUAAGCCUAAAUGCUCGCAAUAAAAGAGAUGAGAUAUGAGCUAUAAUUUGGAAUUUUAUACAAAUAAACGCUGUGUGCCAAAACAUAACAAGUACUGUACAGCUACUUUUAUGUUUUUCAAUGCACCAAGGAUAACUUUGUGAAUAAUUUUAAUAAGUUGACUGAGGUUUUAUAAACAGUGAUGUCAAUGAAUGCAAUAUUCUACUGUAUCUCCAUCAAGUUUCACACUGUAUGCAGCAGUAGCAGGGUAUACAGGAGAAGGGACAGUGGACUGAUAGAGUCUCAAUUCCUAUUAUCUUAAGUAGUGUUUGUGUUAACACCCAAACCUUACAGCUUUGCUUUGAAGGAAAAAAGAGCAAACAAGCAAGAAAAGUCAAAUAAACACUGUAUUUUUAUUUUGUUAAUUUCUUGUGAUACAUCUACAUAAAAGAUUUCAUUGCCUUGCAUGACAAGUAUUUUUCUUUUUCUUUGUCUUUUUUUUCAGCUAUUUUAAGAUUUUACAUUCUGUAAGAUAUGUAUAGGACCUAACAAGAGGUCAACAUACUGUAUGGCUCACCCAAUAAAGCCUUACCUUCAAAACAA